UCCCAUGGCAACAGGAAACCUGGGUAUAUAAAGGGCCAUCGGGGGGGGAACCCUCCUAAGUGUCUCUCAGCCGCAGCAUGACCAGGACCGAGAGCCUGAGAGCGUGGACUUAACAAAACAAUGCCCAGCCUAACCGGCGAGCCACUCACCACGCAGCACUUCAUCAUGGACGCAGAUGAGGGGAAGAGAAACAAGAACAUUGGAAAGAACUUCAUGUCCAGACUGCAGUGCAUGUUCUCUCACUCGUCCGGCUCGGAGAGGCUAAGUUUAGAAGAUACCCAACAAUGGUCACAGUCACUGGAAAGGCUUCUGGAGUCUAAAUAUGGACUGGCCACCUUUCGUAACUUCCUCAAAUCUGAGUACAGCGAUGAGAAUAUCGAGUUCUGGCUCACCUGUGAGGACUACAAGAAGAUCAAGUCCUCCUUCAGAAUGUCCUCACGGGCCAAGAAGGUUUACGAGCAGUUCAUCAAAGCAGAAUCUCCAAAAGAGAUCAACAUCGACUAUCACACCCGGGAGCAGAUCAAAAGGAACGUGAAGACUCCCAGCACGCACUGCUUCGACGACGCCCAGAAGAUCGUCUUCGGUCUGAUGGAGAGAGACUCGUACCCACGGUUCCUCCGCUCUGACAUUUAUAGAACUCUCCUGGAAAACCUCGCCGCCGACGCCACGAAGGGAUGAAAGCACAGUCGGGAGAGAGAGAGAGAGAGAAAGAGGGAGAAAGAGAAAGAACGGACAUGAAAACCCAUAACUGGAAUGUUUGAGCUCCUUCCAGAGGAAGAGCUGACAACACAGGAGGAAGGCGAGUGGACCUGGGCGCCACACGGACACGCACAGAGGCCUGGCACCUCGCCGCCGGCACUAGACCCAGACCCAGACCGUGUCCUGUAGUCACAGGGAGGAUCCCCCCCCACUGAGCACCCCAGAAGAAACACAGCCGGCCUCACCACCCUGUAGCGUGCACCGUGCACCGGAGGAUACGUGUGUGUGAUCGUAGGCCAACUGAGCACUUUGUGAACGAGUCAGUGGCGAAUCACUGACCGUGGAGCCGCCUGAGCUCCUUCUCUGCAGAGGUGCUUCCUGUGCAGAUAAAAGAUUGAGGAUGUGAGACUGCGCAGCUGUCGCACUCGUUGCGUGUGUGCGUGUGCGUGUGUGUGUGUGUGUGUAUCUAGUUGUUUGCAUUUAACUGCCACUGACGCACGAUGAGCUGUCACAGAAAGAGUCGGCCGAGGCUCCAGAGACAGAAUCAAACCCACGGCGAUGGGAGGAGACCGGAGUCACAUGUCAUCCUGAGAGAAGCAGGAGGCCACAGAGUUCUGCACAAGGCAUUCUGGGAAACUUCAAGAGGAUAUAUUUUUCUACAUCGGACUGAUGUGAGGUUUUAAAAACUGACGCUGAAGUUUUUCUUUUAGUCUUAAGCUUCCUGUGGGCGACAUCUUUCGGCAAAUAAUGUAAUAUCUUUAAGGUGGCAGUAUUCAAACAACAAACGUACAUAAAUAGUUAAUUUAGAGCAAAUUAUAUUUUUUAAUGAUAACAAAACAUAAUCGUGCACUUUUUUGUGUUGAAUCUGAAGUUAAUUGUGCGUCACAGCAUCUUAACAGUGACGGCCGAUGGUGUCUGAUUUAAUUCCUCAGCGCACGACUUCUGGCCCCAGUAUAAACAAAACCCUCUUCCAGUUGUGAUUUUAAAGAAUAAACUACGAGUGGAGAUGUAGUAGAACUAGUAUCACAGAUGCAUGAUGGGAUGUUGAAGCUCCUCAUAUACCCGGAGAGGAUGGGCUUUUAUUCCCUGCUUUCCAAACCAUGUUGUUCCAAUGUGUUCUUAUGGAGUUCUUAGUUAAUUAACUUAAAAAGAGUUUGUGUCAUUAUUUAUUGUUGCUUGUCACCAUUUGAGUUCAAACUCCAUUGCAGUGCUGACGUGCUUUUUUCAACUGUUAGAGAUUUGAAGGACAUUAAAUUAUUUAAAUCGCUCACUUUGAAGUCUGUGACCUUUGAUGUUUCACGCUGCCGCGGCUCUUUAGCGCUCGCUGCCGCGGCCUCAGUGUUGUGGUCUGUUUAAAGGACGUCAGUGAAAUAGAUCUUAAACACGGCGUCAGAAAGAAGCGAUGGGAUGUUUGCACAGUGAUCGUCUGCUGCGUGUUUAGAAGCUUCACUCCACCGCGUCGGGAUGGAAACACCGAGGCUCUGCCAAGUUCUCGUCGGAGGAGGAACAGUUAUCUUCACUCGUUGUGGAGAAGCAGCCGACAGCCGGACCUCAUCCUCCGUCCUAUGAGUGACAGAAUAUAGAUGUGUGUGUGUUUUAAAUGUUGCUUGUGGUCUCUCAUAUUCAAACAUUUCAAGCAUUUGAAUCAAUAAAAAUGAGAAAAAGCAGUAAAUCAGAUGAAUAUUAAGAAAACACCAGAUAGGAGCAGUGACUCAAUGGCUCUGAGUUGUAAUCUGUGUUUUCAAAUGUUACAGGAAAUGACAUCAAAGCAAAAGCGUAUCCGAGUGACAUGUGACUAAGGAUAUUGGUGCUCGCAGUUUCCUGUUUGUUCUGUGGACUUGGAAGUGAAGUGCUUCGAGUUAUAUGUGCUGCUUUAAAAACAGGAAGGCCCAGACUUCCAGUUUCUUUUGAAAUCAGUCACUGAAGGGAGAUGUGAGAUUUUCUCUGGUAUGAAACACUGUUUAACAGAAUGUUGUGUUUUUCUCUACAGCCGUUCAAAUAUAAAUAAAUGGAAUGGUUAGUUCAUGAGUGAGAAAACUUGAGAAGAUGUUGAAAUUCUCACUUUUUUAUCGGAUUCAAAGAGAAAGUUCUGUCUCACAAAUCCUCUUGUUGGCUUCACACGUGGCCUUUGUACCUUUAAGGGCUCAAGGAAGUGGAUUAUGGAAUAUGAUGUAAUUUGGAAACUCUGCUGACAGAGGAAAAAUGAAAAUCUGUAUAAACCCCCAAUCACGCAAUGCUGACGUCUGUCUGUGAAACUUGUUAGGGAACUGAGACAGUUCAGGUUCCUGCAUCAUAACUUUGUCAGGAGCCCUGUUCAUCUAAACCUUAUUCAUUCUACUGAGAAGGACCCCCCCUCCUCCACCAGGCAGGUUCUGACCCGGGUGCAUGGUGUGAAUUAGGAAGCUGAAGGCAGUUCGGACACGAGCAUCCCUGAGAGGCAGUGCUGGAACAUCAUCUAUUUUUGUUCCUGAAAUAAAUGAUAAUAGUAAGAAAUA